AUGUUCAUGACUUGGUCCAUGAAGCCAGAUCCGGUCUCCCCACGAUCUGACUCGUCGAGUACAUCGUCGGUCAAAGAGCUCAGACCUAGAGUCCGAACCCGCAACGGCUGCAAUACCUGCCGCAGGAGGCGGGUGAAAUGCGAUGAGAGUCGUCCAGCCUGCACACGCUGUCAGCGAUCAAAGAACCGCUGUAGCUACGAACUCCAGCUGCAAUGGGAGGACGAGAUGCGGACAGCUGGGAAGUGCCACGGACGAACAGGCGUUCAAUCGAGGAGACAUUCCGUGCAGCACCCACCGGCAAACGACGGAGAAUUCCAACUAUUGACACGGGCCAGACGCAAGGACAUGACCCAUCGGCAACGCGAUAUUGGUUCCGUGGCGAUCCGCUCUCCACCCAAUGCCAAUAGCCCACUACCGGCCACGCCGAGCAGCCGAGUCGCCUAUUACACUCACUACGAGAACUGGAAGAGCGCCACGACUAUUUCGCGUCCAGUGCCCCUGCUACCAUGGAGUCUCGGCGUGCCAGACGUGGACGAUGUGUGUUUGUCGUUCUACAAUUCUGUAAUGUGCGCUGUUGGGGUGACCGUCGAUGAUGAGCGCUUCAACCCCCUUCGCAGCACGGUGAUGCGUCUCGUGUUUCGGACCGAGACAGCUUAUUAUGCCGUUCUUAUGGCCAGUGCACAUUAUCUGCGAUCGGUAGAGAGUAGGUUCGAAUUAAUGGAAAUCCAAAUCCGCUCGAGGGUCCUUAGAGGCUUGCGGCGAGCCUUGAUGAAAGAGGAUUUGGAUUGGGAGGAUUUGUUGGUGCCGACGAUCUUUCUGUGCUCUUCUGCGAUCUCUAAUAGCUGCGACGGCUCCUGGGUAAAGCAUCUCGCCUGUUUCCAGUUGAUCGUGAGGGAGAUGGCCCAUGGCCACAGAAACGCUCCUCCGGUACCACAGUUCUUCAUCAGCUACUUCUCCGCGCAUCUUGUCCUAGCCAAAUCGCUGUUCUCGAUUGAUGACAUACUGCCUGUCGGUGAAAUACCAACCAGUCCGUCUAACCCCAACUGGACCAACACAGACAAGGUAUCCUGGACUACUACCAAGGAUCUCGUCAAGGUGAUGCCAGCGGACACAUUCCAUGAAAUUGACGUGUGGAAUGGCCUCAGCAGCCACAUGCUGCUGCUCAUUAACGAAAUUCUGAGUCUUAAGCAUGAUGCUCAAGCACUCCGCCACCAAUCCUCAGACCCGUCCACUCCCCAGCUAGCAGUGCAGCAGAAACAUGCAGAAAUCAGGGAUAAGAUCACAACUUUGGAAACAAGUCUAGCUACAACAACACAAAUAAUCCCGGUUUCCUUAUAUAAAAACCGCAGCUCUGCCGAAUAUGGACAUGGAUUUCGCUUACUGAAAAGCACAAGCGAGGCCUAUCGUCUGGCAGCCUAUCUUCUCCUAUCAGAGGCUGUUAGUCCUCACUUCCUCGGGUAUACCCCAGCUCCUACCCAGAGUCUUGAAGAACUGAGGGAUACGGCUCAGAGGGCACAAUAUGUAGACCGCAUCUUUCACCUGGCGAAUUACGUGGUAUCAUCGGUGGAUCAUCUCCCCAUCUCCUGGCCCCUAUGGCCCCUGUUCAUUGCCUCUUGUUGCUGCUCACGGGUCGAAGAGAGUAGAGCGCUACAAAUAUUUCGUACCGCCAGAGACAAGGCCCCAUAUGAGAAUAUUCCGCGAGCUCAGACAUUAGUGGAGCUACUCUGGGAGCGCAGGGAUAUGCAGACGGAGUCAGACAACAGUUUACGAGUCGGUCGUUUCGAAUGGGAAUCUGCGAUGGAAUCUCUUGGCUGGCAGACGAGCUUUGCUUAA